AAACUAUCACGAGUACUUGUUAGGAAAAUAAUUCAAAAGGAAAGAAGAUGCUCCACAUAGUCGGAUCGGAGAAACGCUGACAAUCGAUGGUUGUCGUGUCACUUUGUCUGGGCACCGUUAGAUCUUGUAACGGAAAUUUAUAACAACUGUGAUUCUCAGAUCUUCAUUAAAACGCAUUGUUUGCGACUGUCUGUGAAUUUGAUCGUGGUAGUAGGGAAAAAAGAAAAUGCUAAACAAGGGAUCGAAUUACCACCGAAAUAAUGCGGUAUUUCGAUCCCCUAUUUCGGCCUUAUUGCUCUGCACCAUCGCCGCCAUGGCCUCUUUUUACGUCGCCGGCCGUUUAUGGCAGGAUGCAGAAAACAGGGUUUAUCUAGGUAAAGAGCUUGAUAGGAUCACAGGGCAGGGGAAAUCUUCAAUUUCGGUUGAUGAUACUUUGAAAAUAAUAGGAUGCAGGGAACAACUGAAGAAACUAACAGCUCUUGAAACGGAUCUGGCUGCAGCUCGACAACAAGGCUUUGUGUCAAACCACUUAUCAACCACAAAAACUCCUCCUGACAAGAGGCCUUUGCUUGUGAUUGGGGUUCUUACGGGUUUUGGUCGCAGGAACAACAGGGAAGUCAUUCGCAAGGCAUGGAUGUCAACCGGUGAAGCUUUGAAAAAGAUGGAGGAUCAAAAGGGUGUUAUAGCGCGAUUUGUUAUUGGUAGAAGUGCCAAUCGCGGAGACAGUCUAGAUAGGGGCAUAGAUAUCGAAAAUAAGAACUACAAUGAUUUUUUUGUCCUUGAAAGCCAUGUGGAGGCACCCAUGGAACUUCCAAAGAAGACCAAAUUGUUCUUUGCCCAUGCUGCAGAAAGAUGGGAAGCUGAAUACUAUGCCAAAGUCAAUGAUGAUGUUUAUGUAAAUAUUGAUGCAUUGGGAAGUACACUUGCAGCUUAUAUAGAUACUCCCCGUGUAUAUAUUGGGUGUAUGAAAUCAGGCGAAGUUUUCUCGGAGGAGGGUCAGAAAUGGUACGAACCGGAUUGGUGGAAAUUUGGGGAUGGGAAGACGUAUUUCCGACAUGCAUCUGGUGAAUUAUUUGUUAUAUCCAAGGCUUUGGCGAGAUUUGUCUCAAUAAAUAGAUCUAUUCUUCGCACAUAUGCUUUUGAUGAUGUCAGUACUGGAUCAUGGUUCAUUGGUCUUGAUGUCAAACAUAUCGAUGACAAAAAGUUUUGCUGUGCAUCCUGGUCAACUGGAGGUAUAUGCGCAGGUGCAUAAUCUGAUUUGCUAAAACACAGAAAGGCUGUAACAAGUUAGGACAUGGCUGCAGAUACUGGUUCUACAUGGUCACAUCUGAGAUAGGUGUUUGAUGCUUAGGGAAGUUGAGUAGCAAAGAAUUUCUUUUUCAUACAGCAAAAAGGAGCACACUCUAACUUAAUCAAUACAUGACCAGGGGAACUCAUUUUAAUGGAUUUGAUUGAAUAUUUGACUCUUUUGUUCUUUUAAUUUAUAAAUACAAAGCUAGAUAUCAUAGUGCCUAGAAGAGUUUAUUUACAUUGAGGUUUCCAUUUUUUCCUCAUUUCCAGCCCCAUGUAUUCUGUACCUCUGUUUAGACCCAUGGGAAAGAUUCGGUCCCCAUUGCUUCAUGAAAGAUUGCAAAAUUCUUCGUCCA